AGAUGAAGUAACAACAUCUUGGCCUGUAUCCAGACCACUCAUUCAAGAUUGCGAUGGAUGCUUUUCCGUUCGUGUGGAGCCUCGUCUGCCUGUGCUCGAGGGUUGUGGCAUACAACUGCGUGGUGUGUCCCGGGCAGAAGGGCAUCGCCGGAGUGCCAGGGCUGGUAGGAUUUCGGGGCCAUUCAGGGUUACCCGGCACUCCAGGACCCAUGGGACUCAGAGGCGUGGCGGGGCCGCCAGGGGACGUCGGCGAACCAGGGGGCAUGGGAGAGACCGGCCUGCAAGGAGACAUGGGCGAGAUCGGCUUCGAUGGCACUCAGGGGCUCAGGGGCCCGGAUGGCGAUCGAGGUCCCGAGGGCCGGAAGGGAGUGCCAGGAUGCGACGGCGUGGAUGGCACGAAGGGCAGGGACGGUGACCCGGGAAGGGUAGGCAAUCGAGGAGAGCUAGGCCCACGAGGAAACCCCGGGCCGGUGGGAGACCCAGGAGACGGAGGAACCUUCUCUCGAGGGGUGAAGGGUGACAGGGGGGACCCAGGGGGAAUAGGUUCCACGGGGUAUACAGGAUUCCCGGGACCUAUAGGACCUAGGGGUUUCAAAGGAUCUCCUGGCUUUAAGGGCAUCCCCGGAGACCAAGGAUUCGAAGGACAAGCAGGAAUGAUAGGAGACCCAGCGCCGCCCAUUGGUCCUAUCAAGGGGCAAAAGGGAAGGAAGGGAGAGCCAGGGAUUGACACAGGAGUCAGCGACCGGCCGACCAACGUGUCCGUGGUGGGCCCGAAGGGUAUGCCAGGUCUUCCAGGCAGGCCGGGACCCAGAGGCACGUGGGGGGCCAAGGGCGUCAUCGGGUGGGCAGGGUUCCUUGGCGAUAAGGGCGACCAGGGCAACCCCGGAAACCAGGGCCAGAAGGGCAAGCUAGGGCGCCAGGGCCUACCGGGCCCGAUGGGAGCCAGAGGGUUCAAGGGCUCGCCGGGGGCAGCAGGGAGCCACGGGGACAGGGGACCCAGGGGAGACCCGGGUGCUGAGGGACCGAAGGGGAGAAAGGGAAACGAGGGACCAAUUGGACCCAGGGGCGUCUACGACCCCGCCUACCCUGGGGUCCACCGCGGGCCCCCAGGAGCUCCAGGUCCCAGGGGAAUCCAAGGUCGACGCGGUCCUUCAGGAUUCGACGGAAAACCAGGGGUCUCAGGGACGCGUGGUUCCCCUGGUUUCCCUGGGGUGCCUGGCCCUGACGGUGCCCCGGGGUCGCCCGGAAACGCCGAACGUGGGGAACCGGGAGAUCAAGGUGUCCCAGCCGCGCCAGGAUCAAGAGGACCUAAGGGUCGCCCUGGGGCCUUUGGUUUCCUGGGUGAGAAGGGUACCCCUGGUGAGCCUGACUACGGAGAAAAGGGCACGGACGGUCGGCCGGGCAUGGAUGGGCGAAGUGGUAUUGAUGGAGUGCCUGGGUUCCCUGGCCCACAAGGACCGAAGGGUUAUCCUGGACGAAGUAGCGGUGCCAUAGGAUACAAAGGAACCAAAGGAAUAACAGGACCUCAAGGAGAACCAGGAAGGAUGGGCGCUGAUGGUUUCCAUGGAGUGCCAGGGAGGAAGGGAGCAACAGGAGAUUCUUGCAUCCAUUAUUCUGCUCAAUUUUGCCAGAAAGGAGACAGAGGUACGAGCGGUGAGCCUGGACUGGGAGGCAUUAUCGGCCCCGUAGGACAUCCUGGUCUAAGAGGCCCCAAAGGGAGCUCCGGCAGGUAUGGGUACCAGGGCGUCAGAGGCAUAAAUGGCAUGAUGGGAUCUUCAGGCAUCCCGGGUGCGUAUGGGGCCAAGGGCGAGCCAGGAGAAGUGUAUUAUGACAUCGUCGUCAAGGGUCAACCUGGAGACGACGGUGACUUAGGACCUAAGGGUUUCCAGGGGGCGAGAGGAGACCCAGGGAUCGAUGGCUUCCUUGAAACCAACGGUCCAAAAGGGCCCAAGGGUGAUCCAGGGUUGAGUGGUUUCCCUGGCACUGAUGGUCGACCCGGAAGCCCAGGACGACCAGGAAUAAAUAGUGUUCAAAGGCCAGUCCAGGGCAGGAAAGGGGAAAAGGGGCAAAGAGGACCGCCAGGACCCAAGGGCACCAAUGGUAGACUUCUGAUUAACAUUUCGGAACUACUAAAAAGGCCCAAAGGAGACAAAGGAGAUAAAGGUAUGGUUGGGUGGCCAGGAUUUGACGGAAGGAAGGGUUCCAAAGGGCUUCCUGGGCGAGACGGAAGCCCUGGAGUCGAAGGAGAAGAAGGAGAAGAAGGAGCCCCAGGUCGGCCGGGAUUCCAAGGGGUUCCUGGUCCGGCGGGAGACAGAGGGCGCCCUGGGCCCAAAGGAUCGCCAGGCUCCGACGGGUUGCCAGGCUUAGACAGGCCUUCCGGGCCCCCAGGUGACGUGGGCGACCCUGGACCCAACCUCCCAGGGCAGGGCGGAUUCCCAGGGCCAAAGGGCAGCAAGGGUGAACAAGGUUUUUCUCCGCCAGGAUUCGAUGGACCUCCUGGUCAAAGCGGAGUCCCAGGGGAGGACGGACCCAAAGGAGGCCCCGGAACCAUGGGGAGACCUGGCUAUGCUGGAGGAAAAGGAGCCUGGGGCGACGAGGGGACUCCCGGUUCCCCCGGUCCCUCCGGUCCACUAGGACUCCCCGGUCGUCCUGGCGGAGACGGCGAUCCCGGUCCGCCUGGUGUGCCCGGUACUGGCGCCCCAGGCGUCAGAGGGCCAAGCGGCGACCCUGGAAGAAAUGGCUCCCCGGGGGCACCUGGCCCUCAGGGGCAGCGCGGCUAUACGGGGUCACCUGGAAGGAACGGAUUCGGGACGAAGGGGAUCAAGGGCGCUCCGGGCGACGAGGGAGCAGCAGGUUUAAAGGGAAGGCCCGGACGACCAGGCACUGACGGAGGACUUGGAUACAAGGGAGAACUAGGAGACAAAGGCCAAAGUGGGUAUCCAGCCCUCGAUGGCAAACCAGGGCAGCAGGGUUCCAAGGGCGAGCGAGGAGAACCAGGUCUUCGAGGAGCACCCGGGUCCUCUACACAAAAAACUGGCGACGUUGGAUAUCCUGGGGAACCGGGAUCACCUGGACUGGACGGAGCUUAUGGUCCCAGGGGACCCGUGGGGCUGCCCGGUUUGAACGGCUUCGACUUCCCCGGCCCCCAAGGGCCCCCCGGAUCUAAAGGCACCACGGGGCCAGACGGGCCACCCGGCCUAAACGGACGCAAGGGGGAGACAGGCGAAAGAGGUAUCCCAGGGUUACCAGGCGGGAGAGGCGACCCCGGGGACAGGGGCUUCCCCGGUUCCUCCUUCCCGUCGAAGGUUAUUGAGGGAAGGCAAGGCGCCAGGGGGCCGAAGGGACCCAGGGGCGAGACUGGAUCGGACGGGAGGCGCGGACUAACCGGUGACCCCGGCUUGCCAGGACCCCAGGGGAACUACGGGCAAAAAGGCAUCCCUGGCGCUCCUGGAGAUCGAGGGCGCCCCGGAGGCCUCUCCAACGUGGCGCUUUCUCGAGGGGACCGCGGCGAGCCUGGCCCACCGGGGGCGAGGGGAGAGCCCGGGUUUGAGGGGAGACCAGCCGGACGCGGCCCCAAGGGUCCUCGCGGUUCCUCUGGAGAAAUUGGCUACCCUGGCCCCUGGGGCUUGCAGGGCCCUGGGGGAGACGACGGGCCACCUGGACCACGCGGGCCGACAGGGGUAUCACCCGCUAAUGUUGGUGAACAAGGGAUUCAGGGACCUGAAGGGCUGCCGGGUCAGCCAGGGCGAACUGGUCCACAAGGCCCUAGAGGAGACAUGGGACCUCCUGGCGCGGAUGGCCCACCGGGUCCGCCUGGGACUUGGGUCGACCUGCCAACGUGGAAAGGAGAAAGUGGAAGACCAGGGUAUCCCGGAAGCAUUGGCCCUUCUGGACUCCCUGGUCUGAGCGGUGUUCCUGGACCUCAGGGUAUAAAGGGAUACCCCGGGCCUCUUGGAGACGUGGGUAGGCGUGGUUACCCUGGAGCCAAGGGACCUCCGGGUGAGCAAGGGGAGCGAGGAUACACUUCCAACUACAGCGUGAGGGGAACUAGGGGUGACCAAGGGGACCCGGGCUUUCAAGGACGAGCUGGCCCUCAAGGAGAACGCGGGGUGGGCGGCGACCCUGGGGUUGAGGGGUAUCCUGGACCCCCUGGGAAGGGCGUACGCGGUGAACCCGGGCGAGAGGGAUUAAUGGGCGGGCCAGGUCAACUGGGGUCAUUCGGCGAUGUAGGACUGACAGGUCUGCGCGGCCCGGCUGGCAGAAAGGGAACCCCCGGUGGUUUCGGCAAACGCGGAGGUCCUGGACGAGGAGGAGAUGGGGGUUUCCCUGGUUUGGAAGGCAUCCGCGGCGCCAAGGGAACAAGGGGCGAACCGGGGUACCAAGGGCCUACUGGGUCACCGGGAUUACCAGGUUUCCCCGGCACCCCAGGCGAACCCGGGGCCUCAGUACGUCGUAAGGUUAUGAGUAUCCUGGUAACACGUCACAGCCAAGAGUCUUAUGCCCCCGAGUGUCCCUUGGGAGCGGUGAAGUUGUGGGAAGGAUAUUCACUCCUGUAUGUGCUGGGGAAUCACAGGGCACACGGGCAGGAUUUAGGUGCACCAGGCAGUUGCAUCAGGAAGUUCAGCACGAUGCCCUAUCUCUUCUGCAACAUGAACAGCACGUGUCAAUAUGCACAAAGAGGGGAUUAUUCAUAUUGGCUUUCAACCCAAGAACCUCUACCCUUUACGAUGUCACCUGUGAGAGGGUUUGAGAUCGAGAAGUAUAUCUCCAGGUGUGUGGUGUGCGACUACCCAAGCCUCGUCAUAGCUGUGCAUAGCCAAUCGCUGGAGGUUCCGUCGUGCCCAGAGAAUUGGGUAUCUUUGUGGACUGGGUAUUCUUUCCUGAUGCACCUGGACGCCGCCGCCGAGGGGUCAGGCCAGUCCCUGAUCUCCCCGGGAUCUUGCCUCGAGAGCUUCCGCGCGACGCCCUUCAUCGAGUGCAGCGGCCGGGGCACGUGUAACUCCUUCAGCACGGCGCUCUCUUACUGGCUCGUCACCAUUGACUUCGAGAAGCAGUUCCAGAAGCCUCGGCAAGACACGCUCAAGGGCGAUAGUCUGAGGACCCGCGUGAGUCGAUGCUCUGUGUGCAUGUCGAGGAAUAACUUUAAAACCCGCUCGAUCCCAAGACCGUCUCCCAACGAAGAGCAGAUAAGGUAUCAGCUGGAGGCCGCUGAGCAGUACACACUCGGCCUCCCGCAGCAGGAAGAGCGCUACCAAGUGCAGCCGACCCGACCUUCGCCUCAGCCCUCCUGGCGCCCCGCCCCGGCGCCUCGCUACAACGCUCACGCCGCCCACCAUCAAUCGCCUCCCGAUCCAUACCGUCGCCGCACGCCCUCGGUCGCCCCCGCCCUGCACAGAGGUUACUACUACUCGUCGUAUCCUCAUGCUUAUCGCUAUCAUCAACACACUGGCCCGACCCCGAGCUCAAUACGCCGAUCGCAGCUCUACGCUUGGUUGGGCUGACGCGGAAAUCAAGCCGCGAAUAACAAAAACAGAAAAAAAACAAUGCAGUACGGUUGCAGUGUUAUUUUGUACAUCCAUCUUUCGCCUUUGUCUGAUUCAGCGAUGUCAUUUGUAAUAUGGAUGUCUAAUGUCUUUUUUUGAUAAUGUGCUUGUAUAUGUUUUUCUCUUCUUUUCUUUUCUUUUCUUUUCUUUAUUGGGCAGGUGACGCAAUUUUUUGACUGAGAGAAAAAAUAUAUGUAAAGGCUCAUUUCCAUAUUUCUAUUGAUCAUUAUUGAUCCUUAACUUGAGAGAUUCUUACAAAUAUGAACCUGUUUUCCAAAAAUACUCACACGCCCUCGUUCACCCAUACAGAAAGGUUCAGUCCCCCACAGGUGCAUUAGCAGUACGAAUUGCCUAUUUUGAUUCGACUUCGAAACACGUAAAAAAACAUUUUUUUUGUGUUUCUUAGGUAACUUAAUCCAAUUGCCCAGAAAGCUUGGGCAGAUCUCUUAUUAGAGUGCUUUGCCGAAUUAGCUUUCUUUCUUUUAUUGUAUUCUAUUUUUCUUACUUCAAAAACGAAAAGCAAAAUCGAUUCGAAUAUACCACGUGUUUCGAAUACUGAUAAUUUCAUCUCUGACGUUAUUAAUAGCUAAAGUCUUUAUAGAAUGAUUGGACAUGAGUAUUAGAUUAAGAACUUUAAGAUUACGACUGUCACUGAUAACGAAUGUGACGCUACCAUUUUCUUUAUAUUUAGUAUUAGCAUUAUUGUCACUGUUAGUUGUAUAAGGUUUAUUUUAGCUUUACGUAAAUACUGCUUUGACAAAUUGUGACUUUUCUCUCUAAAGUAAAUAAAUAUGUUGAAGAAAAUGUAAUAUAAGGAUAUACAAAAACAUAGACAUAUAUGUACCUGUUAGCUUGUUUAAUAUGCAGAAAUAUUAUUUGUAAACAUCUCUUUGAUAAUAAUAAUUGAUAUGUAUUUCACUUAUCGUUUACAAUAGAUGUGUGUGUGUGUGUGUGUGUGUGUGUGUGUGUGUGUG